AUGACCAUCCAACCCCCUUGGGUCAAGCGCACAAUCAAUCUGGUCCUCAUCGGUGAAACUGGUGUCGGAAAGACCGCCAUGUUAGACUUGCUUGCGAACGUCUGCGCGGGGAUCAAAUUAGAGGACUUCAAGGCCACCCAUCAAGCCAAAAGCGAGCGAGGUGGCUCUUCGUCUGGUAGUCAGACCAACGUUCCCGAGUUCUACACCAUUCCAUGCGCCAAUGGAAACGAGGUCAAUAUCCUUGAUACUCCCGGACUCGCUGACACUCGCGGGAUCGACAUGGAUAAUGAACAUAAAGCCGCCAUCGCCAAUGCUGUCAAAAAGCAUUUCGAAGUCAUCGACGCCGUAAUCAUCCUUGCCAACGGGACUCUUGCUCGACUAGGUGCUGCGACUGAAUACGCGUUAACGACCAUCUCUGGCAUGUUUCCCAACUCUAUCGUCGACAACAUCGCUUUCAUCUUCACCAUGGUCUCUGACCCCACGUCGUUCAAUUUUGAACGAAAGUCACUUCCUGAGGAGCUCAGGAAGGCCAAGAUAUGGUCUAUUAACAAUCCGUUUGCACAAUGGACUAAGUACCAAGAGAAGCUCGCGCAGGAUCCUCCAACAGUUGAUGAAGAGAUUUUGCAGGAGAUGGACGAGGGUGUACAUCGGAGCUAUACUAAGGCUCUGAAGAUGCUUGGUCAGGUCUUCCAGUUCUUGGACAAGUGCAAGGUUCAGCCGACGAACAGCAUCUAUGAUCUCUACAUCAUGUCGACCGAUAUCGAAGCUGCCAUAUCCAAUGUUAUCGCACGCAUGGACCAGACGGAAAUAACACGCAACGGACUCAAAAAACUUCAAUCGGAUAAAGCUGCCCAGGAGCAGGGAAAGAAAAUCAACGAAAAGUACGAGGAGAUUAUUAACACUCCAUUCUUCGAGCACGAGAAUACUGGUUCCGAGCAUAACACGCUCUGUGUGGCCGGGAACUGUUACAGCAACUGUCACGAAGGCUGCGGUGUCGGGUUUACUCUCGAUCGUGCGACUCUUGGUAGCAACUGCAGCGCAUUUUACAACUCAACCGGCACUGGUCUUAAACGUGUCUGUACCAUCUGUCAUCACCUGGCCGAAGACCACCAACAUUAUCGCUCCAAGUGGGUGAAGAGAAUAAAGUCAGGCAAGGUAGUCGACGAGGAUGCGAAAAGGCGUUAUGAUGAGGCUAAAACGGAGGCAGACCGGAUAGCCAUAGUGAUGGAGGGCGUGGAGAAGAACAUCAUUGCCCUCGAGAAGGAGAUCGUCGAUCUUGAGAAACAGCUUUCCGAACUUUGCGAAAAGUACAACCAGCUCGCUCUGUCUGGGAGCUUCAUUGGCUACAUUACUUCUGCAAUUCGUCUGUUGAAGCUUCGUCAGGAAACAAUGAAGAAGGAGGGUGCAGACGCAGAGUCAUUGCAGAGGAUGGCCGAUAGGAUCAAGCGGUUGGAACACAAGAGACACGUUCUUGAAGAGGCUGAGAAGCCAAGGAAGCAGAAAUUAAAAGCUUUCUUCGGUCUUUGA